CAAAUCAAUAUCCGACAAGUUCAUCAUUUGUAUAUGUACAUAUCACACUACUACUCAUGCUAUUUCAUUAAGUUCUACUUCUUAUUCUCCUCCUUGUAGAAACAAGUGAGAUGGGUUAUCUGCUAGGGGUGAUACUGGGUACCUUGUUGGUGGUGCUCAUCACCAGGCUUUGGAGCUUCUUGGUCUAUGUAAUAUGGAGGCCAUAUGCAAUAACAAAGAAGUUUAGGGAGCAAGGGAUUAUGGGUCCAGCAUACAUGCUGUGGUCAGGAUCUAUUAAGGAGAUCAUAAGCAUAAGAAGGGCCAGUGAAGGGGUGGUCUUGGACAUCAACUCCCAUGAUAUCACUCCCAGGGUCCUUCCUCACUACACCAAAUGGAUCUCCCUAUAUGGCAGAACAUUUUUGUAUUGGUUUGGACCACAGCCGAGGAUCUGCGUAACUGAUCCAGAGCAGACCAAACAAGUGCUGUCCAACAAGUUUGGCUUCUACAUCAAGCCGGAGCCAAACCCGAUCAUAUUUGCUUUAAUGGGUAAGGGCUUGGUCUUUUCAGAAGGAUCGGACUGGGCACGGCAUCGCAGGGUCGUAAACCCUGCUUUCGCCAUGGAUAAGCUGAAGAUGAUGACCAAGUCGAUCGCCAAAUGCGCGCAAUCAAUGAUUGAAGGGUGGCAAAUUCAAGAUGAGAGUCAGGAAAAGGAAAUUGAGUUUGGCAGGCAAUUCCAAGAGUUAACAGCUGACGUUAUCUCUCAUACUGCUUUCGGAAGCAGCUACAAGGAGGGCAAAGAAGUCUUUCUGGCACAGAAGGAGCUUCAAAAGCUCGCGCUCGCGACUUUCUUUAACAUUCACCUGCCGAUAUUCAGAUAUAUUCCUACUAGCAGAAAUCUACACAAGUGGAAGCUAGAACGGAAGGCGAGGAACACGCUCAUGCGGAUCAUACAAUCACGAUUCGACUCGAAAGAAUCAGGCUAUGGAAAUGACUUGCUUGGACUGAUGCUCGAGGCGUGCACUUCAGGACACUAUGGCGGAAAGAAAGAAGAUCAGAGGAUGAACAUGGACGAGAUCAUCGAUGAGUGCAAGACGUUCUUCUUUGCGGGGCAUGAGACUACCUCUCACUGGCUAACUUGGACUACGUUUCUAUUAGGAGCAAACCCAGAAUGGCAAGAGAGGCUCAGGGAGGAGGUGUUGAGAGAAUGCGGAAAGGAAAUUCCUGAUGCAGAUAUGCUCAGCAAACUAAGAUUAGUGACAAUGGUUCUAUUCGAAGCCCUGCGGCUCUACGGCCCGGUAGUCAUGAUGCAAAGGAAAGCCGAUAAAGACAUGAACUUAGGGACCCUACAGAUUCCGAAAGGCACCGCAGUAACGCUUCCGCUGGUCAUCAUGCACCGCGACAAAGAGAUUUGGGGCGCAGAUGCCAAUGAGUUCAAUCCGUUUAGGUUCCAGAACGGGAUCACGAAAGCCGCCAAGCAUCCUAAUGCUCUCCUGGCGUUCUCGAUCGGCCCGAGAGCAUGCAUUGGUCAGAACUUUGCGAUGCUCGAAGCAAAGAUAGUGCUCGCGAUGAUCCUACAGAGGUUCUCGUUCCGCGUCUCGCCAAACUACAAACAUGCGCCAGCGGACUUGCUUACUCUACAACCUAAGAAUGGGCUUCCUAUAAUUUUAAGCCCCUUGAAUGCUUGAAACAACUUAUUUUGUUGUAGCUACACUUCAAUGUGCAUUAAGAAAACUGUGCUGUAGGAACACUGUAUGAUAACUAUAUGGGCACGUUUGGUUCGUACUAUGAAAGAUUACUAGAAAUAAAAAGAUGUCCGAGAAUCUUAUUCCUAUUCA